AUGGGUGGUGGAGGCCAGCUGAAUGAGCCAGGAGAGCCAGGGAGAGCGGAGGUGCAGAACCACAGCAGCAAGAACGACCUGUGGCCGGUCAUAGAUCGCAAAGUUUACAACACCACACUGUGGGCCAAAAGACAUCCAGGAGGGGUUUUUGUCAUCACAAAUAUGUACAUGAACAACAAAGAGUGGUUUGAACAUUAUCUCUCGAUCAUCACUGAUGAUCUGGUUUGGUGCAUGUCGUACUAUCUACGCUACUUCUGCUGUUACAUUCCCCUGUACGGUUUGUUUGGCUCAGUGAUCAUUCAGUGACUGGAAUGUUGUAAAUGUCUCCGGUUACUGGAGAGUCACUGGUUCGUGUGGGUGACUCAGAUGAGUCAUCUGCCCAUGGACAUUGACCACCAGAGGCACCAGGACUGGUUAACACAGCAGCUCCAAGCCACCUGCAAUACUGAGCAGUCUGUCUUCAACGAGUGGUCCACAGGACACCUCAACUUUCAGAUGGAGCAUCAUCUGUUUCCCACGAUGCCGCGCCCCAACCUCCACCUGGUGGCCCCGCGGGUCCGUGCCCUCUGUGUGACCUAUGGGAUUCUUCACCAGGUGAAAACUCUGUGUCAAGGCUUCGGGGGUGUCCUCAGGUCACUGAAGAACUCAGGAGACCUCUGGCUCGAUGCAUAUCUCCAUGAAUGA